GAUCAAAGGCUUUCAAAUGAAGUUACAAGUCCAGAGGCUAAGCAUCAUAAAGCUGUUGCUGUCCCAGAGCUUGAGCUUGUACUCAAGGAAUUUAUACUAAUAUAUCAGAAUCGAACUAUCCUAAGUGAUACUAUGAUAGUUGAAAAGGCCAAAUUGUUAGCAGAGGAACUUGGUGUUCCUGAAGACAAGUUGCAUUUUUCAGCUGGGUGGCUUCAAAAAUUUAAAGAACAAAAUGAAAUCCAUCAAAUAAAGCUUCAUGGAGAAGCAUCAUCUGUCGAUGAGGACAUUGUCACUGAUUCUUUACCAUUUCAUAAAUUAGAUGGGUUAACUCUUCAGCAUGUAGAUGUUCAUUUUUUUUCUAAAAAUACAACAUCAAAGUUGCAACCAAUAGAUGCUGGAGUAAUUAUGGCUUUUAAAAAAGCCUAUCGUCAGUUUCAUCUCUGGUGGAUAUUAGAGCAAGUAGAAGCAGGAAAUCUUGUUCAAGAUCUGAAGAUGAAUGUUCUACAGGUGGUUCUAUAUAUUAUAAAGGGUUGGGAAGAAGUUUUAGCUAAUACCAUACGCAAUUGCUGGAAUCAUACUCAAAUUCUUCCACCUAGUGCAGGUUAUUCAGAUAAUCUUCAUGAAACUAAUGAUUCAGAGCUUAGAGAUCUUAUUAGUUCACUUGAUACGCUUUGCCUUCCCAAUGCAAUGGAGGUUGAUAAAUUUCUUAAUAUUAACGGUAAAGAAGUUGUUUACAAAGUCUCCCCGGAAGAUCAGGCUAUUAAAGAGCUGGUUUAUGUAUUCAAAAAUGAUGAAAACAUUGAAGCUAUAAAUGAUGAAAGUAUUGAAGUAAUAGAUGAUGGAAUGGAUGAUAGUAUAGAGUCUGCAAUUAUUAGUGGUAGUUUAGCAUUAAAUAGCUUAGAAAGUGUUCAGAUGUUUUUGUUGCAGCAGGAAGGUUCUAAUGAGCAAUUAAAGUCAAUUAAUUUUCUUGAGAAAUUUAUUAGAAGGGCGAUGUCAAAUUCAGCUCUGCAAACCCGCAUAGACGAGUAUUUUAAAUAG